CCGCUCUUGACCGCCGACUGACGACUGACGUACAUCGGAUGGAUCAUCAGCCUGAGCCACUCCACACCUCCGCCCGCGUAUCCGUGAGGCUUGAGCUUUCGCUACCUGUAGGUCCUGGGCCUGCAUCUCUCACCUAAACACCUCCACCCAAAGAAGACGCUCAACGACUGCAAUCAUGUUCGGCUUUGUCGCCGACGGUUUGACCGUUGCAACCACCGUCUUCUUCCCUAUCUUCGCCUCCUACAAAGCUCUUCACACCUCCGACCCAGCCCUUCUCGCACCUUGGCUGAUCUACUUCGUCGUCCUCUCCGCUUUCACCGCCGUAGAAAACACCUUCGACUUCAUUCUCAGCUGGGUGCCUUUCUACUCAUGGAUUCGUUUCUUCGCACACCUUUACUUGAUCCUGCCCGGUUCGCAGGGCGCAAACUACCUGUACCAGGAGUACAUGGAGCCUUUCCUUUACCACCAUGAGCGAGAAAUCGACGAGUUCAUUACACAAAGUCAUGAUCGUGCCAAGUCGGCAGGCAUGGCAUAUGUCGAGAUGGGCAUCGAGUGGGUCAAGGUGAACGUUCUGGGCUUCGCACCUGGAAAGCCGCAGUCACCAAGACCUGAAGGACAAACAUACGCACAAAACCUCAUGAGCAGGUUCCAGAUGCCGUCGGCGAGGGGCAGCAACGAUCUAUACGGGCUUGUCAACCAGGCACUCAGCGGAGCCAGCGCACUUUACGGUGCUGGUAGCGCAGGCACUCGAGAUGCGCAAGCCUCAGAUCUGAGCCGCGGCGCCGGGAACCUCGUCCCAGACUCCAUCCGCAACAACAACGACCGACUCGACUACGUUGCGUCACAACGCCAGCGCCUCGAGACCCUCCUGCAGGCAUUCGACCGCGAGCAAGAAAACAUCCGCACACAGCAAACAGGCGGAAGCAGAUAUCACGAAGUCAACAGGAGUACUGGAAGUCUCUCUGGUAGCCUCUCCCGCAACAGGAGCGAAGCGGAAUUCGACAGGAUCGAGCGCGACGAGCUGAGCUCGGGCUCCGACCGACCACCGUACCCCCUCACACCACCCGCACUUGGUCGAAGGACAAGCAGUGGCUGGAUGCCGUGGAACUGGCAGCGUCAGGAACUCCCUCGGGACGAUCCUCUGGCAUAUGGAAGGGAGCCAAGUGAUGUGAGGAACAGAUCAAGAACUUCUGGUUUCGAUCUAGGCGACCGCUAGGAGAAUAUCCCUGGAGAACAAAAUCGGGGAUAUGAUGGUGAUGUUUCACGGCGUUUGGGCAAGAUAGUAGAUGGCAUUCUGCUAGGCUUCACAGGUACACUGAAGCUGUGUAUAUUUGGUAUCCCAAUUCAUGAGUAUGAGUAGGACUUGUUGUCCUGGUGAUGUUACAACAUAGUAUACACCCACAUCUGGCUGUGUGCGGG